CCUCUGAGUCUUUGGCCCCUUGCCACUGUUGGGCCUUUUUGCCAACUUGCCCAAUGCCAAUUUGCAAUGGAUGAAACACACAGCAUAGGAAGAGAAAGGCGCUUUGAAGAACCCAAGCUGAGACUACUGGGUGUAUACUUUUGGCAGAGAUUUCUGCAAAGCAGCUAAAGGGGCCGUCCCAGACGGUUGGUGUCUGGAAGGGCAAACACUGCAUUGGCGGGCGCCACGACAAUGGUGUGCAUACGGCAAGCAACGUGUGAGGACCUGAUUGCUAUGCAGAGCUGUAACCUGAUGUGUCUGCCGGAGAACUAUCAAAUGAAGUACUACUUGUACCACAUUCUGUCCUGGCCCCAGCUGCUGUAUGUUGCGGAGGACUACAACAACAAGAUUGUGGGCUACGUCCUCGCCAAGAUGGAGGAGGAGACGAGCGAGUGCCACGGCCACAUCACGUCCCUGGCCGUGCUGCGCACCCACCGCAAGCUGGGCCUGGCCACCAAGCUCAUGAGCGCAGCGCAGCGUGCGAUGGAGGAGGUGUUUGAGGCAGAGUACGUGUCGCUGCACGUGCGCAAGAGCAAUCGUGCCGCCUUCCAUCUCUACACCGAGACGCUCGGAUACAGGAUCAAUGACAUUGAGGCCAAGUACUAUGCGGACGGGGAGGAUGCAUACGACAUGCGCAAGUACUUGCGGGGCAAGCCGCCACAGGGUGCCAAGAAGGACAAGAAAGCGCUGCCAGCGCCAGCGCCAAACUCUGAAAAGAACAGUAAGCAGAGCUCACGAGAGGAGCCCGAGAAUGCGGAGAAAGCAGGCGGCACGCCUGAGCCUAGAAGUAGCACCGCAGGUGAGGCCGAAGAGCUGGAAGACAGUCUGCCAGGAUUGAGCGAGUCGACUCGAAGUGGGAACGACGUGUUUGCAGAGUCGCGAGACAGUUCCUUGGGCGCCUCGAGCAUAACGGACAGCGAAAGUAAGGGGGCUUCUAAAGCGAAGGGAAGAGAAGCUGCUAGAACACCCUCGUGAAAAGUCUGCCAUGCAAGCUUUGCAUCAUCCUCUCUUGAUGACAAGACGUUGGAAGGUCACCUCUUGGAACCGCAUCGACAGCCCACUAUAUGGUCGCGGAGGCGAUCGACAUUGCAAAGGCGCCACCUGGGACUGAAAAUUCCAUGCUUCAGAGGGCCUGAAGUUUUUGAAGCCUGAGACAUACAAUCAACGUAGCGACUUUUCAUGACCGUGGUCAAUUGUAUAGACGACGCAGAAAUGAACUCGAGAUCGUGAUAUUUGCGAUCUGUCACGCUCCAAGAACGUACAAGGCUCCAUGACACCAAUAC